ACUCCAGAUUUCCAUCCCAAGUCGUCUCAUGAGAAACUUCUUCUCCGGUGACCACCCGCCUCUCGACCAUCGACAAGAUACAUUACUACAAGCGCACUCUCUCUGCGACCAAACCCCCUAGCCAGACCAGUUCGUCCCACCAUGGUCGCCGCACCGGCAGGCCCGGGAGGUGGAGGUGCGCCCCUCUCUCCGUGCGCCGGCUUCGUCGCGGACUCUUUGAUCCUCCCCACCCGGAACGCCAGGCUCUUCGCGCCGGUCUUCGCGCUCGUGCUCGCCCACACUUUCGUCUUCCUCGCCGUCGCCGUCCACUUCGCCCACGAGUACGCCCUGUCGGGCCCCACGAUCUGGCUGCACCCAGCGGCGCUGCUCGUCCUCCACCUAGCCUACCUCGCCAGCAAGCUCGCCACGCAGGCCGCCGUCGCGCUCGCCGGCUGUGCCACGCUCUGCGGCGACCGGCCGCGCUCGCUCGCCGAGCUCGUGCGCGGCACCCCCCGGCCCCGUGCCCUCUUCGCCGGCGCCGCGCUGGUCGCCGUCGCGGAGCUCGCGUGCACGGCCGUCCCGGCGUAUUAUCUGGACUCUUGGUACAGGUACAGCUGGAGCCACUCCGACACCGGCGGCGUGGAGUCGUUCGUGCAGGGCGUCCUGCUGUUCGUCUUCCUCGCCACGCUCCUCUUCCGCCUCUGCCUCGCCGCGGUCUUCCCGGUCGCGGUCGCCGCGUCGGCGACGGCGGCGACAGAGGAAGCCGGCGACGGUGGUGGCGGCGCGAGCGCGGCCGCUCAUCUCCAGCGCGCGUGGCGGCUCAUGACCGCGGCCGCGAGCUGGAAGGAGGCCGCCGUGCAGGUGGUCGUGGUGAGCGUCGUGCUGCCCCUGGCCACCUACCCGGUGUACGCGUUUGCUCUGGACUGCGGGCAGGGCGGGUGCGUGCUUUUGCUCGGCUGGAUGUACGGGUUCCUUCUGCCGUCCGCCGGCGUGCAGCUCUACUCCACGGUGGCCGCCACGGUGUUCUACCACCGGUGCAUGGAGCAGCAGCGUCAUGAGCUUGCCAUUCCACUGACGAUGAAGGUCAUGAAGCUAGGAGGUACCCCGCUAAAUUCUCUGAAAUUGAUUAAGGGUGGGAUCGCCUGAAGAAUCUAUGAUGAAUAGCAAUCUGCUCUGAAUCGCCUGGAAGGAGCUCGGGUGCAAAUUUGUGGCUAUGUAGAUAGUGAAAAUGGCAUAUUAGGCACUCUAGCUUUGCUCAGGUUUCAGUAAAAUUUCUAGGUCCGCCAUUGGUGAGCAGAUUUUAGUUUCAGCUCAAUAAGGCAUUAAUAUCUCCCUCCUCAUGGAACCGCUUGUCAGAGUUGCAAUCCAAACUUCAAAAGUCGUGUUGCUCAUCCUAAAAAAUUCUCAUGAUCUAUAUGACUAUAUAAUGACUGUGUUGUAUGAAAUAAGUUGAAUGAUCAUGGCAUAAUCAUAGAAUCUUGAGAAAUAUGCAAUGCGGUUA